AUGUGUUCUACUUCUUGGAUCGAGUUGACAUCGUAUGCUGAAACAAUUGGAUUUUCUCUUUCAAUAUCUUUGAAUUCAGUACUUUUAUUGUUGAUAAGCAUGAUGCCAAAGAAAACAUUCGGUAGAUAUAAAUACUUGAUGUUUUCAUUUUCAGUACUUGGGAUAAUUUAUUCCUGUUGCGAUUUUUGGAGUAAACCAAACGUUUACAUCUCAAAAAACGCCUUUGCCGUUUUCAAUGUGCUAAAAGACACUGGUUUUACAAAAUCUUUCGGGUCACUUGCAAUAGGACUUUAUUGUUCCUGCUAUGGAAUGAUGCUUUCCCUGCUCACAGUUCACUUCUACUAUCGAUAUCUUUCGGUCACAAGCCCCUUGAGGCUUUCUAGAUUUUCAAUGAAAUGGGCCCCAUUGUGGACUUUCCUAGUUUUUGCCAAUUCUGCUAUCUGGUUCAUCGUGUGCUAUUUUGUAAACGGUCCAACUCCAGUGAAAGAUGAAACUUUUCGAUUAGAAUUCAUCAGAGCUUAUUGCAUGCAGCCUGAAAAAUAUUCGUAUGCUGGACCACAAUUUUUCUAUGAUGACUUGUUCACUGGAGAGACAAGAAUCCAUAUUCCAUCGUUUUUCUCUUGCGGUGUAAUGGGCUGCAUUAUGAUACUUACAAUUUCUGCGAUAACAUUUUUUGGAGCACAGACCUAUCAACAUAUAAACCGCUUAAGUGCAAUAUCAAGAUCCGAGAACAAAGAACUGCAAAAACAACUUUUCAAAACUUUAGUGAUCCAAACAAUCAUUCCAAUAAUAUUUAUGUAUAUCCCAGUAACAAUUAUGAUUCUUUUGCCAAUAUUUGGUCUUCAAAUUGAGUCAACUGGAAAUUUCAUACCAAUCGCUGUUGCGAUAUACCCUUGUUUUGAACCGCUUGUCGCAAUGGUUUGUAUUAAACAUUUUCGCAAGAGAAUAACCGACUUUCUGACUUGCAAGAAAUUGAAGAAAAUGCUUCACAGUUCAGUGGUCCGACAUUCGAAUAAUUGA